AUGGCGCACCUGGCGGAAUCCAGGAAUAUAAAGACUGAUAUUAAAACAGGAGUACAGUCAGCAGUAAAGCGGCUGUACCAGAUAGUAAAGGAGGCCGAAGAGGAACUAAUGAGAAACCCAAAUAAAGGAACACCAAAAAAUAAAAAUGACAAAAAAUCAGAAGCAAACGAUAGGCUAGAAAAACAGAUAGAGAAAAUGGAAACAGAAAACAGAAAACUGGAAAAGCUGAGAAUAGAUAUGGAGCAUCUGGCAAUGAAAAACAACGAAAGCAUCCUGUCCGAGAUUAGAAAAGAGUUCGAACAAAAAGAAAAGAAGGAAAUAGAAAGGCAAAACAAACUGGAAAGCAAAAUGAAGUCGUAUGCAGAAGCGACCAAAGAAAAUCUCGGUCAGGAUCAACACGGAAAAGACGGCCCGGGACGACAAAAACCAAGACGAACGCUGCACUCUGUCGUUGUGGCGCCAAAGAGUGCGACCGACACGGCAGAGGAAACAAUGCAAAACAUCCGGCACCUGCUGAAUGCAAAGGACGAAGGCUGGCAGGUGGAAAACAUAAGGAGAGCCAGAGAUGGGAAGGUGAUAAUGGGCUGCAGGACGGAGGAAGAAAGGAACAAACUAAAAGAAAAGCUAGGGGAACAAAUGACAGUGAAGGACACACAAAACAAAAAACCCUUAGUAAGAGUGAAAAAUCUCCUGUCCUGCAACUCGAUAGAGGAUAUCUCCCGGGCCAUAAAAAACCAGAAUAAAAACGUGACUGCGCACCUGGAGGAACGGGACUUAGAAAUCACGGAAAAAUAUCGAAAGAAAGCUAGAAACCCUCUGGAGAGCCACGUGGUCCUGCAGGUCACGCCUAAAUUAUGGCAAUCACUGACAACAGCUGGCAGGAUACACGUGGACCUGCAGAGGGUCUGGGUAGAGGACCAAUCCCCUCUGGUCCAGUGUACAAUGUGUCUGGGAUAUGGACACACCCGUCGACACUGUAAGAAUGAGACAGAGGUGUGCAGUCACUGCGGAGGAGCCCACAUGAGGGCUGAUUGCCAGAUGCACAAGGAGGGGAAGCCUCCCAGCUGCGUUAAUUGUAAAACAGUAAAAGGCAAAAACGCGGAGCACGGAGCCUUCAGCCAGAGCUGUCCAACCCGGCAGGGAUGGGACAAAGCGGCAAGGCAAAGUUACGCGUAUUGCUAAAAAGCCGAGGGCACAAAUGAAAAUACCGGCUUUCUCCUGGCACAAGCGAACCUAAGAAAAAAGAGAAUCGCAAUCCAGGAGUUUGUAAAAGAAGCGGGCGGUAGAAACGUAAAGAUAGCACUACUCCAAGAACCGUACACAGGGGCCAGUAAACAGAUGGCAGAAAGCCCUGUGUACAGAGUAGUGCAGUGCGUACCCACAGAAAAGAAACCGGUGAAGGCGGCGAUACUUGUUUUCGACGAACACAUCGAAGUCAUACAAGACAAGACACUAAUCACGGAAAACAUAGUGGCUGCCGUCCUGAGAACGGACCAGUGGGAAAUAGGGGUAAUUUCUGUGUACUUUGAAGGCGAUGAACCCAUCGAACCAUACCUCGAACAACUAGGAAGCGUCACGAAAAAGCUAAAAACCAAGAUGGUGCUAAUUGGAGGGGACGUGAACGCAUGGAGUGAGUGGUGGGGGAGCCGAAACGAAGACGCACGAGGAAAGGAAUUACGAGGGUUCCUUGAUGAGGAAGGGCUGAGCAUCCUAAAUUGUGGCAACACACCCACCUUCGACACCGUACGAGGGGGCCGUAGAUACACGAGUGCAGUUGAUAUCACCGUAUGCACAACGGCUCUCCUCAGCAAGGUAACAAGAUGGUGGGUUGAUACUUCGAUUACCAGUUCAGACCACAACACAAUUUUUGUGACUACAGCCCUUCAAAAACCCCAAACGCACACACUACCAAAAACGACCCGCAAAUACAAUACGAAAAAAGCAGACUGGGAGGAAUUCAAGAACAAUGUAAGGGGACAUGGCAUAAGCACAGAAACCAUUCAAGGACAGAACACAAAAGCCGGGGUCAACAACUUAGUAAUGAGCUACAUGAAAUCAAUUAUAAAUGCCGCUGAAAAAUAUAUCCCCAAAUAUAAACAAAAAAGGAAACGCUUCGAACCACCCUGGUGGAACAAGGAAAUAGAGGCCCUUAAGAAAGAUAUGACAAGGAAAAAGAAAAGGAUCUCAUACGCAGCUCCCAGGAGGAGAGAGUGCGUAAUAACCGCCUACCUGGAGGCGAAAAAGACAUAUGAAGAGGAGAUCGAGAGGGCCCAGAAGGAAGGGUGGAAAAAACUUUGCACGAAGCGAGAAGGGGAAAGCUUAUGGGACAGGAUAUAUAAAAUAAUAAGGAAGGCGGAAGGGAUCAGGGAGGACACCACGCUGAUAGAGAAGGGCAUUUCGUUGAAUUCAGAACAAUCCGUGCAGCUGCUGGCCCAGAAAUUCUUCCCGCCAGACAAUUAUGAGAUGGAUAAUGAUAUCCAUCGAUUAACAAGAAAAGCAGUCGAGGAAAUGACAAGCAGCCUGCGGGAAAGUAGUGCUGAUGAAGUGCCAAUUACAAUGGCGGAGCUCAUCGGCACUGCUCGAAGCUUCAACCCGAGGAAGGCCCCGGGGGCUGACGG